CGGCAGCUAUAGCAACACUAAGCUAGCUAGAUCGCCCUCCGACAGACAGAGCAGUAGCACAAGGCCAGCCGGAGAGAUCGAGCAAGCCGCGCAGCCGCGAUGCCGCCGUACCGGCUGCCGCUGUACCACCGGCAGAGCCCGGCGGUCCGGCUCAUCAACUUCCUCUGCGCGGUGCUGCUGACGCUGGUGCUCAUCGCCGGCAUCAUCCUCUUCGUGCUGUGGCUGAGCCUCCGGCCGCACCGGCCCCGGUUCUACCUCGCCGACUUCUCCAUCCCCAGCGCCAACCGGCAGUCCGGCCUGGCCAACCUGCCGGUGCGCUUCGCCGUCGGCGAGCACAACCCCAACCAGAAGAUCGGCAUCUACUACGACGAGAUCGUGGCGUCGGUGUACUACGGCGACCAGCUGGUGGCCAAGGGCCCCGUCAUGCAGCCCUUCUACCAGGCGCCCAAGGGCGACACGCCGCUGCUGGGGCAGCUGACGGCGAUGGGGCCGACGCCGACGGACCCGGCGUGGGGGCGCUUCUCCGGCGAGCUCGCGGCGGGGAACGUCGCGAUGCGGCUGCUGCUCACCUCCACGGUGCAGUUCCAGGUGAAGAUGUGGGACACCAAGCACCACCGCAUGAAGGUGGAGUGCGACUUCAGGAUGAACGGGGAUGGCACGCUGCAGCAGCAGGACAAGAACUCGCAGUGCGCGCUCUACUUCUAGCCAACGCCCCCGGCCCUGUUGUUCGUUCUGUCGGCUUGAAUUGAUGCGGGUCUUAAUUCUUUCCAAUCAAUCUUGGCUUUCAAGGUUACGUUCUUUGUUUUCUCAAAGCACACGCGCUUGCCUGAUACUUAUUUAUUCUUGUUGUAAAAUGCAAUUAUUUGUAACAAUCAUAUUCAUAUAUCAAGGAACAUUUAUGAACUGUUACAUGUUCUUGCCAA